GAGACAAAGUAGAGUGAUUAAUUUUUUUUUUUUUUUAUAAUUGUUGAGUGAUUAUUGGUUAGAGAAUCUUGAUAUGUUAAUUUGGUUCAGUAAUAGUAAUAAUAAUGAAGGAAUAUUAUUUCAAUAAUACAAUAAAUUCAAUAUUAAAAACACAAUAUUGAUUUCAAUAAACACAUAAAACCAUUUUAUAAUACAAAUGGUUUCACUUUUUAACUCUCUGAAACCAUUUAACCAGCAUAAUGGUUUCCAGGAUUUUUAAAACCAUAAAAACACAAUAUUGAUUUCAAUAAACACAUAAAACCAUUUUAUAAUACAAAUGGUUUCACUUUUUAACUCUCUGAAACCAUUUAAUCAGCAUAAUGGUUUCCAGGAUUUUUAAAACCAUAAAAACACAAUAUUGAUUUCAAUAAACACAUAAAACCAUUUUAUAAUACAAAUAGUUUCACUUUUUAACUCUCUGAAACCAUUUAACCAGCACAAUGGUUUCCAGAAUAAUUGUAACGAAAAUUCACUGUUCAUCUUCUCUUACGUGAAACAGUGAAAACGUGAUCACUGUUCAUCCGCGAUCACUGUUCAUCUUCUUCACCUUCUCUCACGAACUCACACCUUCUCUCACGAACUCUGAUUCCAAUUCAUCUCAGAAAUUGCAAAACUCCGAUUCCGAUUCCGAUUCAUCUCAGAAAUUGCAAUUCGUUCUCGUUUUCGUUCGAUUCAAGAGAAUCGAUUUGUAAGAUUCCGAUUGGAAAACGAAGAUAGCGAGAGCGAAGAAGAUUGAAGAGCUUGCAGCGGUUACAGCGAUGAUGGUUUGGCAUGAUUUUAGUUUAAAACUAACUACUAAAAUAAUUAACCAUACAUAAUACUCUGAAAUUUAUCCCUAAUCAAUAAAAUAAAAUAAAAUUCAAUCAAUCAAAAUUAAAAGCGUGAUAAAAAAAUCUGAGGGGUGCGCUAGAAAUCUAAAAAAAAAAAAAAAACCUGGGGGGUGCGCUAGAAAUUGGGGGGCUAGAAAUUGGGGGGCUAGAAAAUGGGGGGGCGUAGCAAUUGGGGGGCGCGCUAGAAAUUGGGGGCUAGAAAAUGGGGGCGCGCGUAGCAAUAUGGGGGGCGCGCAUAGCAAUUAUGCAUGGUGCAUAAGCUUGGGCUUAUGCACCUUAACCGGACCCCUCAAUAGGCAGACAAGAAACAUCAAACACCAACAUCAUACUUUUUAUAAAUUCUUGUCUCAUCUAUCUUUUCCUCUUUUUUCAGGGGGAUAUUUGCAUAUUUCCAAAUUUCAAGGGGAUAUUUAACGAAUUUUAAAAUUUCAAGGAGUAUUUGUCAUUUUACUCAUUAAUCUACCCUGAAAUUUUCAUCGAAUUUUCUAUCUUUUUAUUUAUUUUUAAUAUAAAACAUUUAUUAAAAACAAAAAUGUAUUUUUGAAACAUAAAAAUUAAAUAAAAAUGAAGUAGUUAAAGUCAGCAUCAUCAAAUCUUCAUAAAUUGGACAUGUCAGCAAAUAUUUCUUUUUUUUUUUGGCUUUCACACCCGUUUAAUCUCGUUUGCGGGUCGGUUUUGACAUCAAGUGGUUCUAACCCCUCCCAAUCGCAGUUGCGAGGAUCGAAACGUUGUUCUCCUUACCAAAUUCAGCGUCAAUCACCACUUAACCAACUAACAAUUGGUAACAUGUAAAAUUGGAUGUAUCUAGACUAAAUUUUAAACCAAAUUUAUCAAUUUUUGUUGACAUGUUUUUGCUUAUAUUUUGGGACGAAUGAUUUUUUUUUUUUUUAAAAGGAUCAAAUCAAAAGAAAGCAUAAUUUCAUAUUAAAGUCAUUUUUUCAUUUUCUUUUACCUUUGCUUUACUCUCUCUCUCCGAUGCACCAACAGUCACCUUCUCGCCGGACGUCCGUCAUCACUCUCGCCGGACGUCCACCAACAGUCACCACCUCCAUCACCGGACACCACCUCAUCGUUAUCCUUCAACACCGGCCACUGUCCUCGUCCCGGAUCUUGUGUAACCGGUUUUCCGGUGAAAACGAGGAUGACACAGAAAAAACAGCAGCGCAGAAAGAACGGAGAAGAUGGAAGAGAGGCGGUUCUGCAACUCAGAGAAAGGUUCUGCUUUUUUUUUUUUUUGGAUGAGAGAUUGCAAUGACAAAAUUACCCCCCAAAGUUGUUGUAUAACAUUUCUGAUUUUAAUAAUAUUAUAAAAUAAAUGGCAUUUUCCUCACACCUCAGGUAGAUGGAUAACAUCACCCACCCAACUAUAUGAGGUGGGUAGCCAAGUUGCAGUGUUUCCGCCAAGUUGCCAUCAAUUAUAGGACCUGCCAAAGAAACUUCAUGCUUGCUUCGUUAAUUGAUGGCAACUUGCGGAAACACUGCAACUUGGCUACCCAAACUAUAGGACCUGCCAAAGAAACCUCAUGCUUGCUUCGUUUCUUAACUACUUGCAGUUGCCUUGCCACCAAUAGUCAAUAUAGGACCUCCCAAAGAAACUUCAUGCUUGCUUCGUUAACCAAACCAAAACAAUAAUAAUUGCAAACAGACACAUAUCCUCCUGUUAACAUUUCUUCUAUCUAUACUUUUAUAACAUCCUCACAAGUACUGUUGUUCUGUUCAUUAUAAAUUUCUAUAUAUGGCAAUUUAUGAAGAACAGUCGGAUCAUUUCACCUAUGAUGUUUUCCUCAGUUUUAGAGGAGAAGACACACGGCACAAUAUUGUUGGAUAUCUUCUUGAAGCAUUUAAGAAGAGGGGAAUCAAUGUUUUCUAUGAUGAUAAAAAACUGGAAUUAGGGGAAGACAUUUCACCUGCACUUUUUAAAGCCAUAGAAGUAUCUAAUAUCUCAGUUAUUGUUUUUUCUGAGAAUUAUGCAUCUUCUAGGUGGUGCCUUGAUGAACUCGCAAAGAUCAUGGAAUGUACGAGAAGAAACAACAAACAAAUUGCUUUUCCAAUAUUUUUCCAUGUUGAUCCAUCGGAUGUACGACAUCAAAGAAAGAGCUAUGGAGAAGCCAUGGUUGCUCAUGAGACGAGGUUUGGAAAAGAGUCAGAAAAAAUAAAAGCAUGGAGAGCAGCAUUGUCUGAAGUGGCAGACUUGAAAGGUCACCACAUCCACACCGGGUUCGAAAUCAAUCAUGUUAAAGAGAUUGCCGAAAAGGUCCAUGCUAAAAUACCUCCUAAAUCUUUACUUGUUGGUGAGUAUCCAGUUGGACUUGAUCAACACAUAGAAGAUGCGAAGUCACUUCUAGACUUGAAGUCAAAUGACGAUAUUGUAUGCAUGUUGGGGAUAUAUGGACUUGGUGGAAUUGGGAAAACAAGUCUCGCCAAAGCAUUGUAUAACAAGAUUGCGCACCAAUUUCAAGCUGCAUGUUUUCUUGCCAAUGUUAGAGAGAAAUCAAACAAAAUCAGUAGCUCAGAAGAUUUACAGCAAACACUUUUAUCAGAGAUGUUUGAGCAGCCAGAUUCCAAGUUGGGAAGUACAAGUAAAGGAAUCUAUGAAAUAAAACUCAAGCUUGGAAAGAAAAAGGUUCUUUUGGUUCUUGAUGAUGUUGAUGAGAUGGAACAAUUAGAAAACUUGGCGGGAGGAAGUGAUUGGUUUGGUCCAGGUAGUAGGAUCAUUAUAACUACAAGGGACAAAAGUCUGCUCAUUGGUACUCAUCAAAUAGAAGUUAAAACUUACGAAAUGAUUGGACUUAAUGAUCAACUUUCUCUUCAGUUGUUUUGUCGACAUGCCUUUGGUAAAAGCUAUCCUAAAACAGAAUAUGAAGAUAUUUCAUCUCGCGCGGUUCGUUGUGCGAAAGGUCUUCCUUUGGCUUUAAAAGUUAUAGGCUCCAAUUUGCGUACUAGAAAAAGUUUAAAAGCUUGGGAGGAUGCAUUGAAAUAUUAUGAGAGGAUUCCCCGUAAAGAGAUUCAAGAUGUCCUUAAAGUAAGCUAUGAUGUGUUGGAACCUUAUGCACAAAGUGUUUUCCUAGAUAUAGCUUGCUUCUUCAAAGGGGAAAGCGUAGAAUAUGUUAAAGAAAUACUUGAAGAAUUCGGUGCGGCAUCAAAUAUUGAAGAGCUUGUUAAUAAAUCUCUCUUGAAUGUUGAUAAUGGAUACUUGAGUAUGCAUGAUGUAAUACAAGAUAUGGGUAGAGAGAUUGUUAGGCAAGAGGCACCAGAUAAUCCUGCAAAACGUAGUAGAUUAUGGUUUCAUCAAGAUGUCAUUGAUGUGUUAUCCUCCAACGAUUCUGGGCAUGAUGCAAUUCAAGGGAUAAUGUUUGAUCCUCCUGCAGAUCGUUACCCUUAUUGGCAUAAUGCUUUUGAGAAGAUGCACCAGCUUAGAAUUCUCAUUGUUCGAUGUACAACUUUUUCAUCAAAGCCUAAACAUCUUCCAAAUCAUUUAAGGAUACUUGACUGGGAGAAAUACCCUUCAAAAACUCUGCCACCAAAAUUUUAUCCGAAGAAUAUCAUCAUCUUAAAUUUGCGUGGUAGUCAACUUACCAUAAAAAAACCAUUUGAGCAAUUUUCCUGUUUGACUGUCAUGAAUUUCUCAGAUAAUAAAUCUAUCAAAACGAUGCCCGAUGUGUCCAAAGUUGAAAAUUUGAGAGAAUUGCGACUUGAUCGUUGUGUGAACUUAACUACGGUUCAUGAAUCCAUUGGAUUUCUCAAACAUCUUGUCCACUUAAGCGCUGUGGGAUGCUAUAAACUUAAAAACUUUCCGCAAAGAAUGUUUUUACCAUCUCUAGAAGUCAUUGAACUUUAUUGGUGUGAAAAACUUGAACACUUCCCAGAUAUAGUGAACGAAAUGAAUAAACCAUUGAAGAUUCAUAUGAUUGGUACCUCUAUUAAGAAGCUGCCAAAUUCUGUUGCUAAUCUUAUUGGACUUGUUUCGAUAGAUAUGCAACAUAGCAAGAAACUUGAAUAUCUACCAAGUAGCUUAUUCAGGUUACCUAAUGUUGUUGCUUUUGACUUUAGAGGAUGUUCUAAACUUGGUGAAUCUUUCAGAAGAUUUCUACCUUAUAGCACUUCAGAAGCCAGUGAACAUUUAACUUCAAAAACAGUGAGUUUUUCAUGUAAUGAUUUGUCAGAUGAAGAUAUUCAUCUAAUUCUCAUAUGUUUUCCAAAAUUAGAAGAAUUGAUUGUAUCAGAUAGUUCCGAUUUGGUCUCUCUCCCAGCUUGGUGCAAUAAGCUUCAAAAAAUUCCCCAAUGCACCAACUUGAGAAUUCUAAAUGUCGAUGAUUGUAUGAGUCUUGCACACAUUUCAGAGUUGCCACGUACUAUUCAAAAAAUAGAUGCAAGAGGGUGCUACAACUUUUCUUCGGAGACAUCAAACAUGCUAUGGGAUCAGGUGAAAAAAGAGAGGCAUGGAUUAGAAAUUGUGAUGCCUAAAACCAAUGUUCCAAAAUGGUUUGAUUAUAGAUGCAAAGAAGAGUUUCCGUGUUUAUGGGUCCGUGGGAAGUUUCCAAUUAAUGUUGUUUUAUCAUUGGUGUUCCAAGGGGUUGAAAGCUCAUAUGUUGAACUUCAUUUGGUUAUCAACGGUCAAUAUGUCCCUUGCAAAGACCAUUACAGGUUCCAUAUUAGACCGGAUCAUGUUUUAGUUUGUGAUCUACGACUCUUAUACAAUGACGAGGAGUGGUUAAGCAUUGAUGCAUUACUUCUUAAGCAUGAAUGGAAUCAAGUGCAAAUUUCAUAUGCAAUCUCAUUCCCGCAAGAAGAGCCAGUAGUAAGUGAAUGGGGAGUUUUUGUGCACAAACAAGGAAGUGAUAACUUGGAAGAUCAUGUUCAAUUCAUGUGUCCUGACCCAACAAGGUACUCAAACAUAUAUAGUGGAUUAACAAGGGGGUGGAUAGUUUUACAUUCAUUUCAAGAACAUGAAAACAAUACUUUAGAAGAUAUUAUAGACAAACUUUUAGAUAAAGUGAUACCAUCUGUAUAUAAAGUGGUAUCAUCUCUAGAUAGAAUGAAGAAAUUGCUAUUUCAUUGAAGUUGUUUUUUAUAAGAGUUGUGUCUGAUUCACAACUUGUUACUUGGCCUUUAAAGCAAUAAUGUCACAUUAUUUCAUUGACUCUUCAUAUCCAAUAUUGUCUACAUCUUCUUUCUCAAAUGCAUUUUAAAGUCACUCACAUUGUUUAAGAGGGGAAUUGUUGCGCAGAUAAAAUAUCCAACAUUGGUUUGUCUUCUAUAAUAGCUUCACUUGAUGGAAUAGUUUGCCUAACUCUAUUUAGAAUAAUUAAUUGCAAUCGCAAUAUGUUAGGUUUACCUCUAUAAAUGUGGCAUUGUUGAUUUGGUUGUUUAUGUUUGAAUUCAUGUCCUGUCAUUACACUCUUUUUUCCUUCACCAAGAUUUUAAUCCACUAAAACUAAUUUGCUGAAGUUUUUAAUAAAACAGAGAUUCUCGCACCUUAGAUUUUGGUCUACACUCCCUAAAAUUCCUCUGUAUCUCUCUUAAGAAUGUUUUAGAAAUUGAUUUAUCAAUAGGAAGGUUUAUGUGACUGGAUGGAACAUGUCAGUAGUUUGCAGAUUCUUUCUCAAAGCAAUGCUCCAUACAUCAUAUCAAUAGUUCUAUUAGUUUACUGGUAAUUAAAACUACAUCUAAACCAUUACUAGUAA